AUGCCAUGUCGGUUUUUGAUCGACUCCGGGGCGCAUGUGAAUACCUUCACCGAGGACAUGUUCACGGAACUGAUGGGAAGCGGGGUCUACGGUGCGGACGUUUACAAUAUAAAACAAGGAUCAGAUCGGCUACGCAAGCUAGAGUCAACCGAUAUUAUCGAACGGGUAACAGAUCAAAUGGAUACAUCCUUUUGUUCUUCCAUGUUAGUCGUGCCGAAGGCCAAGAAUGACAUUAGGUUAGUGAUAGAUCUUCGAGGGCCUAAUCGAUAUGUCCACAGAACCCCUUUUGCGAUGCCCACCUUAGAAAGCAUACUCGCCGAAUUAAACGGAGCGAAGUGGUUCUCAACAGUAGAUUUAAGCAACGCCUUCUUCCACAUUGAGCUGGACCAAGGAUCUCGACACUUAACAAACUUCUGUACAGAGUUUGGUAUGUUCAGAUUCGUGCGACUCCCGUUUGGGCUGUGUAACGCGCCGGACGUGUUUCAGGAGACUAUGCAGCGAAAAAUUCUCGGUGGAUGUAAAGGCGUGAGAAACUACCAGGAUGAUAUCCUUGUUUAUGGAGCCACUAAGGAAGAACACGAUGAAAACCUGGCAGCAGUUAUGGCUAGGCUUCGAGACCAUAAUGUAAGGCUGAACGAAGCAAAAUGCGUUUUCGGUAGUCAAAUAGUGACCUUCCUUGGAUUUACAUUGACCGGUGACGGUUGGAGGAUAGAAGAAGAAAAGCUGAGUGCGAUAGAAAGUUGUAGGCGACCGGAAACAUGUUCUGAAGUCAAAAGUUUCCUCGGUUUAGUGACUUUCGUCGAUCGCUUCAUUCCCAAUAGGGCUGAUCUAACUCAGUUCCUAAGGCCAUUGGCUAACGCCGAAAAAUUCUACUGGACCAACGACGAGGAAAAAGAGUUUCAAUUCUUGAAGACUGGAGCGCUAAAAACAAUCAGAACUCUCGGAUAUUACAGCCAAACGGACCCAAUUGAACUGUAUGUUGACGCAUCCCCAGUGGGCCUGGGAGCCGUGUUGGUACAGCAUAAUAAAAAUCAGAUUCCUCGAAUCAUAACGUGUGCUUCGAAAUCGCUCACUCAUACGGAGAAAAGAUACCCUCAGACACAUAAAGAAGCUCUAGCAGUCGUCUGGGGUGUAGAGCGUUUCUCCACCUAUCUUCUCAGCAGAUUUUUCGUAAUCAGGACGGACGCCGAAGCAAACCAAUUCAUAUUUAAUGGCACACAUCGUCUGGGAAAACGAGCAUUGUCACGAGCCGAUGCAUGGGCAUUGCGUCUACAAUCGUUCGAUUUCGAAAUUAAAAGAGUCCCAGGAAACAAGAACGUUGCAGAUGCCCUCUCCAGGCUUAUCUGUCAAACACAAGAAGCGGUUCCAGUUGAUGAAGAUGACGAGAAUCAUUUUCUGUACGCGCUGGACAUAGGGCAUAUGGAUAUUACAUGGGGAGAGAUAGAAAAAUUUACCGAAGAAGACGAUGAACUACGGAGAGUGCGAACAGCCCUCGAACUGGAUAGUUGGCCAAAGGAUUUACAUAGAUACGAAGCGCACAAGAAAAAUCUCAGAUACCUCGGAUAUCUCAUGUUCAAAGAUGAUCGCGCUAUUUUGCCUGAAGCUUUGAGACAGGUAGCACUGCGGGCGGCACACGGUGGACAUGUUGGAAUCGUUGCAAUGAAAAAAAUUAUGAGACAGUUCUUCUGGUGGCCAGGUAUGUCAACCGCCACCGAAAAGUUCGUUAAGGACUGUGAAGUGUGUAUACAGCUGUCCAGGAAAAAUCCGCCCAUUCCAUUGUCAAGCAGAAUCCUUCCCGAUGGACCUUGGGAGGUGUUACAGGUCGAUUUCUUGAAAGCACCUGGAUUCGGAACAGGCGACUUCCUAGUAGUGGUAGACACGUACUCUAGGUACCUCAAUGUGAUCGAGAUGAGAUAUACCGAUGCGGAUAGGACAAAUGCAGCACUUUGCGGAAUAUUCAAGCAGUGGGGCUACCCGCUAACCAUCCAGAGCGACAAUGGACCACCAUUCCAAAGCGCAACUUUCAUAAAAUACUGGGAGGACAAAGGGAUCAAAGUCCCAAGUCAAUACCGCUGUGUCCUCAAACGAAUGGCGCCGUUGAAAGGCAAAACCCUGGCAUCAUAA